UCCCCACAGACACUGAGGCAAACAGAGGAGCCUUCCUCUCGCCAUGCUCGUCUUUGCUGUCCAUGCGCUGACCUUCGCCGUGGGAUUUCCUGCCAACGUCUUCACCUUCCUCACCCUCCUCAUCAAAAUCCGAUGUCACCGUCCUCAUCCCCACCUCACCGCUGCCGACCUCCUCCUCCUCCACCUCACCACCACCGACCUUCUCCUCCUCCUCUUCCUCCCCUUCAAGAUGGCUGAGGCAGCUGCCAAGAUGCUGUGGCCCUUCCCCACAGUGCUCUGCCCCAUAGCAAACUUCUGCUUCUACUCCAGCAUCUACCUCAGCACUCUCUUUAUGGCUGCCCUCAGUGUGGAGCGCUACUUUGGGGUCGUGUUCCCGCACCGCUACAACCGGCGCCGGAGGUUAUGGAGGACGAUGGCCACCAGCGCUGUCCUUUCAGUGAUGGCAUUGUCUCAUUGUUCCAUCAUCUUUGUGGCAGAAUAUCACAGAGAUUUUGGUGUCAAUGGGUCUGAGGCUGAUGGGGAAGGUGGUUAUGGAGUGAAUGGGACCAAGACCAGGGAAUCCGGGAUGGAGAACCCCUAUGACGUUGGCCUCACUGGGCUGAAGAUGGGCAGCUCCCAUUCCUUUGAAGCCAAUGUUAUCAACCUUGGAAAAUUUGAGUUGAUCCAACCUGACUGCGUUGACACCAAUGUCCCCAACACCUCCACUGCUAACAUCACCAUCUCCAGUGUCUCAAAGAACUCCAGUGCCGACAUCUGCAGGAUCUCCAGCCCCAACGCCAACCUCAACAACUCCAGCUUCAAAUCCUCUGCCUGCACAACCCCAAACACACCCCACAUCCCCACCACCACCCCGUGGACUUCCCAGAAUGCCUCUGAAACUCAGCGCCACCGGGGCUACCACUGCUACGAUGACUUCUCCCAAACCCAGUUGCAAUUCGUCCUCCUGCUGCGCCUUGAGCUCUUCCUCAUCCUCUUCCUCAUCCCCUUUGCCAUCACCAUGUUCUGCUACAUUGGCCUCAUCUGUGCCCUCCUCACUCGACCCCACAUCCCGCUGCAGAAGAAGUACCGCACUGUGGGGCUGGCUGUGGUCACCAUGGUCAACUUUGGGAUCUGCUUUGGACCCUACAACAUCUCGCAUGUGGUGGGCUUUGUGCAGCAGCGCAGCCCUGAGUGGAGGCCCUACGCUCUGCUCCUCACCACCCUCAGCGCUGCGCUUGACCCCUUCAUCUUCUAUUUCUCCUCCAGUGCAGUGCGGAGGGCGGUCAGUGGGAUGGUGGGAGCAAUUCGGGGCACAAUGUGUGGGUUUUGGGGUUGGUGUUGGCAGAGACAAUGAGCCCCAACCUGGAGGAGGUUAUGGGGUAAAUGAGGUUCUUGUGAUUGGAGUGGGCUUAAUGGGGUAGGAGGUCAGAAAUAGGGAUAGGUCCAGAUUCCUUGUGGUCAGCGUUGUCCCGCAGACGUGUCCAAUGUUUGUGGGUCAACCAAUUCUUGGACAGUGUAUCAUUGUCCCAUGGGGUUGGGGUCAGCAUGGAAACAUGGUAGAGAUCAGUGGUGUCAAUGAGAUCCCACCGAUGUGACCAGUGUGGUCAAUGCAGAAUCGUGAGUGUGACUUAAUGUUGUCCCCAAUGUCCAGUGGGGUUGGGAUCAAUGUGGACCAAAGGAUCGGACCCAGCGUUGCUUCAUCCCCACUGUCCCCAGUUCCUUCCGUGUCCCCCAUGUCUGCAGUGCCCACAAUAUCCAGGAAUGUCCCCAGUUCCUCCAAUGUCCCCAGUGUCCCCAGUGCCCUCAGUGCCCUCAGUGCCCCCAGUAAUCCCAGUGUCCUGACAGCUGGCAAUAACUUCAGGGCCAUCAGCACUUCAUGGAGAUCCCUCAGCACACGGCCCCUCUCUCCAGGGAAGGAGGACAUCUGCGGCCUCAAAGCAGAGUCCCAGCAGCCCACCUCCAUCAGGACGUGCCCUGCACUCUGUAGGGCUGAUCCAAGGUGCUAUAACAAGGCAGAAGUGCUAAUUAAAACCUAUUCA